AUGUCUGCGCCGUAUUGGGGUUCAUUGCCCCAGCCCAAGGGCAUCCACAGCCGGCGAGUCUCAGCAGAUUACACUAAUGAAUUCGCGCAAAAUGACCAACGGCGUUCGCUGGACGUCCAGCCUCAACGCAAGGCGAACCGCAACUCGGUCCAGACAGCUUACACCGAUGCUCCCUCCGAGACAACGUUUAGCCCCAACUCCCCGACGUCGAUACCGGACUACUACCAAGGCCUGGCUCCCAGACCAGCCUCACAUCGCCCGUUUCCUCAAGAACAAACAUAUGAAGGAUACGAUAGACAAGAUCGUCGGCCCAAUCGAACCGCUGUCCCCGACAAGUACGAGAGCAUCUCCCCAGCUCCUUCUGCUACGGACACGGUCGUUCGACAGCCACCAAUGGACUCUCGUGAUCCAUACGCGGACGGACCAUACCAAUACCCUGGUCACUCAAUGUCCGGAGAGUCUUCGCGACCAAUGAACCCCAUCGAUCUUUCUAGUUUUCCAACGCUUUUUGAUGGUGGACUUGUCCGAACAGACAGCAUGGCAUCUGCCCAGCCUCAGGGAAGCCCGUUAUCUGGACAGUCCGAACGGCGCAAAAAGUUGGCAGACCAUCGAUCACCUCUCCAGAAGCUUGAGCUGACGCUCGACAGCAUGACCAAGGAGGAAAAGAGAGCGCGGGUGCAAGCUGCAGAGGCACGAGCAAGAGCGAGGGCUGCCAAGAGGGCUGCUGAAGCUGCCGAAAGCCGCUCUCAGGCCGUGAACCAGCCGCUCUCACCACCGGCUCCCAUCCAACGUCAACAAAUCCCUCCCGCCGCAAGUAUUGAGUCGACUCCCCCGAAGCCUCAGAGAAUCGCGUCUCAGCGGGAUGCCAACCCAUCCAAAGUCCUACCUCAACCACCUAUACGGGACGAACAGCGCAGAUACCCGCAAGAGGGACCGCGAUUUGACGACCAACGUCGUUACGCCAGCCAAGAGGCUCCUCACCACUCUCGGGCUGCUAGUAUGGACCAGCGGGCAUUCAUCCCGGCAGCGGAAGUUCCCAAGCGCAAUCUCAGCUUCCGGGAACGCGACGUUUCUCGUGAAGGCAGGCCGCAUGAUGCAGACGCGAACCAGUCCGCAAAGGAAUCGAGCGGCUUCUCCUUGACGCGUAGCGGAAGCAACAAAUUGAGAAAAGAGCCUCCGGAGGAAGUUUGGCAUCGUAUUCGCUCUGACGCCGAGCGACGAGCGCCAGCUGCGCAGGUUCAGCUUGUCCAGACUCAAUACAAGGACCCGGCUCGGUCUCCCCAAGCCGCAACGGGAGCGCCACCAGCAGCUGCGCAACCGCGCAGCAAGGAGCUUCCACCACUUCCCCUUGUAAUGAAGGAUGAGAGCAAUGUUCGACCGGAAGUGAAGAGGGCUCCCCAAUCUGCUGCCGAGGCUGAGAUCGAAGCCAUGCAGCGGCGAGCCACAGAGCCCGUCUAUGCUCGGGAAGAGCGAGGGCUGAAUGCAGACUAUGCCCCCGCGGCUGCCAUUGGCAGAAUCAUUUACGAGGCGAGUCAAAAAGCCCGAGGACGCUUCCCGCAGCCGAAUUCAGCAGUAAAGAGCUUGGAAGAUCAGACGGGCCAUGAUCUAAUCAAGGAUACACAGGAGCCGCAGGAACCACAGGAACCGCGUAUGUUGCACAUGCCGCAGGAACCUCAGGCAAUGCGCGCGCCACAGGACCGUAUGCUACAGGAGUCGCCAGAGCCCUUUGAACGCCCCGAGUCAAGACUGGUGUUCAAGAAUCCAGAGGAGAUGCGCCCUGGCGACGGUCUCUACAGCUCCCCACAAUGGCUGGAUGAAUGGAAGAAGAGCACUGUCGGCACCCUAUCAGGCACCCUGCUCGACCUGACUGGCAAUAAGCCAGCUGGACUGGCAGAGAAGAAUGACGCUUGGCUAGAUAGGGAGCAAGGGGGCCACCACAGAAGGGUCAGCAGCGCGACGAGGCCGCGCAGGGCCGAAGCAUUCGAUGGUGAGUAUGAUGAUACCAAUGGCGCACCGACUCGAUUCAAGCCGCCGCUGUACCUCAAGUGCGGCCCGCUGCUGAGAUACUGUGGUCUGCGCCACGAGAAGCUCCCGCCUCGGCCCCGAGGGCCGAAUGUCGUGGAAGAUCGUGAGAUCUGGAGAGGAAGCGUCAUGAUCGUCACCAAUGACGCCGAGUCUUCCUAUGAAAUCGCGCCGACACUCCGCCUGUUUGUGCAGGACAUCGAACUGUUGCCUCCUCCUCCACACCAUGUCGACGGCGAGCUUUCGCCCGAGUACGUGGACCCCAUCGCCGGGCAUCCCAAGUUGGGCCGCCGUGGUGAGACGCUAUACGUUCGGCCAGUGGACCACCUCGAAGAAGGGAGAGACCUAUCGCACGACGAGUCUGAGGAUGGUUUGUUUGAAAAGACACGGAGUCUGCCGGACGAGCCUUUGGCUCAGGGCCUCAAAGACUAUCCAGGGUCCUUUGCGAGCCGCCGAGGACGUGUUGAUAUCGACGGAGAGAAGAUGCAGAAGUACAAGGAUGUGAGGGGCUUCCGUCUUCAUGCCGAACAGGGCAGCACGUUCUGGCGGUUCAACAUUGAGGUUGAACUGCGGGAGCAGCAACAGCGGAUUGCAUACCGCAUCAAUCGUGGUCCGGCGAUGGCCUUCUGGGUGCCUGCGCGCGGACAAACCAUGAACAUGAUGUUCUACACGUGCAAUGGCUUCAGCAUCAGCGUCAACUCAAACGAGCUCUGCGGUCCUGAUCCCAUGUGGCGCGACGUCCUGAACUCGCACCAGACACGACCGUUCCAUGCCAUGAUUGGCGGAGGUGACCAGAUUUACAACGAUUGCGUGGCCUUCGAUAGCCCGCUCUUUGACGAGUGGCUGCAGAUCAACGUUGCGGAAAAGAAGCUCAACGCGGCCUUUACGCCCGAGUUGCAGGCUGAGCUGGAGCGCUUCUAUCUGGAACGAUACUGCACCUGGUUCUCGCAAGGCAUGUUCGGCCUGGCCACCUCACAGAUCCCCAUGGUCAACAUGUACGAUGACCACGACGUGUUUGAUGGAUACGGUUCCUACGCUCAUAUGGACAUGAGCUCGCCCGUGUUUUCUGGACUGGGACGCGUUGCCUUCAAAUACUACCUGCUCUUCCAGCAUCAGAGCAUUGUGCCGGAGACGGAAGCGAGCGAGCCUAGCUGGAUCCUGGGUGAGCAGCCAGGCCCGUACAUUCAGGAGGUCAGCCGCAGCCUCUACAUGUCAAUGGGCGGCAAGGUUGCUCUGCUUGCCGUUGACUGUCGUACGGAGAGAACCGAGCAUGUAGUCUUGGAUGAGAAGACUUGGGAGAAGAUUAUCAGUAGGCUGUAUGCCGAGGUCAGGCGGGGACAGGUUGAGCACCUGCUUGUGCUGCUGGGGGUUCCCAUUGCAUAUCCCCGUCUGGUCUGGUUGGAGAAUAUAUUGACCUCGAAGUUGAUGAGCCCGGUCAAGGCGCUUGGCAAGACAGGAGUGCUCGGCAAACACCUGAACAACCUUAACGGUGGCUACGAGAUCCUUGACGACCUGAAUGACCACUGGACGGCGAAGAAUCACAAGAAGGAGCGCACUAUCAUCAUUGAGGAUCUGCAAGAUCUGGCUAUUGACCGAUCUGUGCGAAUCACAAUCUUGAGCGGCGACGUGCACCUCGGGGCCAUUGGUCAGUUCUAUUCCAACCCCAAGCUUGGUCUACCGAAGCACAAGGACCCGAGAUACAUGCCCAACAUUGUGUCCUCGGCCAUUGUCAAUCACCCGCCACCAGACAUUGUUGCCGACUUGCUCAACAAGCGCAACAAGGUCCACCACUUUGACAAGGAGACCGAUGAGGCCAUGAUCCCAAUCUUCCAGACUGGCGUUGAUGGCAAGCCGAGAAACAACAAGAAUCUUCUCCCUCACCGCAACUGGUGCUCUAUCCGCAUGUGGGCGCCAGGAACCACGCCGCCGCCAUCGCCGCCGCCGUCCGACCGAGGGCGGAGUCGAAGCCCGGGAGGCGGCAGCUUGCUCAGGAGACUUUCCUCGAGGCGGCGCAAGUCUACUUCGCAACAACCUUUCGAUGUCUCACGGGAAUCUGUGCGAGGACCUCGGCCUCCAAUUUCCGGAGCAGGAGGCCUCUUCAGGAACUUUUCACGACGGGGCUCGGUUGAUCAACAACGACCUGGGGGUGGUGUGACUCGAACAAUGUCACUUGGCCGCGGAGAGGCUGCGCAGCACAGGGAUGACUUUGUGCAUCAUGGACAGCACGGCAGCCAGGGCCGGUUCGACGACGGAAACAUGAGCGGCCAAUGGAGCGGCGAAUUUGAUAGUGGAUACAUGGACCAUCGCGCGCAGGGCCAGCCUCGUGCUUCGGGCCUCCGUGGUGGCGGCGGCAGCGAUCUCGAGGAGUUUUCGGCGGGUGACGAGGCCUACUUUACGGCACAAACGCCUCGACGCGCACAGACGAUCAACUACCACGCCGGGCCUGCUGGUAGCCACGAGGUGAUCAGCCCGUCAGGCCGUCCAUACCAUCGAGCACCCACGGGCUUGUCAUUAAAGGACGUCAAGGACGCUGAGAAAUUCGAGGUCAACCUGGAAGGCGGCCUGGAUAUCUCGCUGAACAUGGAAGUCAACUCCAAGGACCCCAUGGGCAUUACUGUGCCGUAUCGCAUCCUGGUGCCCAAGCUGUUUUAUGAGCCCUCGUCCAAAGACGACUUGUUUGCGACGGCGGAGCCGACGGGCAUUAGGAAGUUGUUCAGCUUCAGGAAGAAGCAAAAGGCCCCUUUGGGGGAUCCGGAGCCGGAGCCGGAGCCAGCAGAGGAGAUGGGAUACGAUGAUGAAGAGUUGGACGACGACAGAUAUUAA